UUUCUUAAAAUCUCGAGGAGAAUAUUUGAGAAACGACAACACUUCAAAAUUCUAAGAGAAUAUCAAAUUUUAAAAUCAAGAAAGACAAGGAUAUACACAGCACUUGCACCAUAUGUGAAAGGCAAAGCAAAAACCCCCCUGAGUUCAUCUCUUAAAUAGAGCAAAAGGGAACAAGACUCUGUUUGUUUUGAUAAAACCAUGAAGAAUUAUUUUUCUCUCUACUGCUAUGUUUGCAUUUUCUUAUGUAUCUCCUAUUUUUUGAUCCAUUCCUACCCUCUAGAGAUCUUCAACAAAGUUACACCCCAAGAAAACCAUGUAUCCAAUCUCAUUCAGCGUAAGCAAUACUCAAUAAAGGGCAUUAUUAUUCAAGAGUGGCGGAACCAGGAUUCUGAGGAAUUAAGUCUAAGUUGGGCUCUUCGAAGGUCAGUAGUAAUUAGACCGUAAGUUAGCCCCAACCUGGUUCCGCCACUACCUUUAAAUAAUUAAAUCAAUAUCUAUGUCUUAAGGCUUGGUGAUGUUCAUUUUGCAGGUUAUCAAAAAUGUGACUUGUUUACUGGUCACUGGAUAAGGGACAUGGAGCAGCCUCUAUAUACAAGUAAAAGUUGUCCGAUAAUGGGAGACCUUAGGAAUUGUUUCUUGAAUGGAAGAGUAGACACGGAUUUUCUCAAGUGGAGAUGGCAACCUGAUACAUGUGAAAUAUCCAGGUUUGAUCCCAAGUUGUUUCUUGAAAUGGUUCGAGGCAAAUCUAUGGCAUUCAUCGGUGACUCUGUUGCCAGAAAUCACAUGGAAUCAUUGCUAUGUCUCUUGUACCAGGGGGAAAUUCCAGAAAACAUAUACUGGGCUGAAGAAGGCAGAAUCCUAAAAUAUCACUUUCGAAAUCAUGAUUUCACCCUAAUGGUUUUAUGGACUCCAUUCCUUGUGGAAGAAAAUGAAAUUGUCAGCCAUGGUAUAAAGACAGACAACUAUACACUACAUCUUGACAAGGUCCAUGAAGUCUGGUUGAAACAGCUUCCGUCAUCUCUAGACUAUGCUAUUAUCUCUACUGGUCAUUGGUUCUUCAAUAGGCGUUUUUAUCUUUACCAAGAUGGUGCAUUGAUUGGAUGUGUUUCGUGCAGUGAACCAGAUAUCCCAAAGUACGAUUUCAAGUUUGCUGUCAGAAUGUCUAUUAGAACUGCUCUCGAGUACACAGAACGUUUCAAGGGUAUAACCAUAGCGUUAAGGACAUUCUCACCUGGACAUUUUGAGAAUGGGGGAUGGAAUGCAGGAGGGUCCUGUACACGGACUAGCCCUCUACAUGAACUGUCCGAUGCUUAUAAAAUUAUAAGCACCUAUAACGUGACUCUGGAAUUGAGGGGGGUUCAGCUGGAAGAGUUAGAGAGAGCUAAAAGAAGGGGAGGUGCAGAUAGAAGACUUUUGCCUCUGGACGUGACAAGGGCAAUGUUAAUGAGGCCUGACGGGCAUCCUGAUAUUCAUUUUGGCAAUGUAUGGAAGAGAGGAAGUCAUGAUUGUGUUCAUUGGUGCUUACCAGGUCCAAUUGAUGCAUGGAAUGACCUUCUGUUCGCAGCAUUGCUCAAGGAGACUGUCUAGACUAAUGUUCUACUUAGUACUGCUACUUCAGAUUCUAUGCAUCAUAUUUGAUGAUAUUGUACUCUCCUUUAAUGACAGUGAUAGUUUUUUAAGGGAAUUU